UGACUCCAUUGAACUUGUUAAGUCCAAACUACUUCCCGAUCAACUUGAGUGAAAUAAUAUAUUUUAGGCUUUUAAUCCCAUUUUAAGAAAAUAAAUAACAUAGUUUUAUUUCUGCAAAAUGCGGCCUGCAUAUUAGCUGGCAUAUUAAAAAAACUCUAUGCACUUUGCCAAUCAUCGGUAUCUUUAUGAAUGAAAUUUCCUUCAAUAGCUGGCUUUCCCCUCGCCCGCGUUUACCCAAUCACCCCGUACCAAUCGAUUGGCGGUAUUAGCUGCUUUUAAUUUCUUUUCUGAAAAAAUGGCUUCUCGCCGGCGUAUGCUUCUCAAGGUCAUAAUACUCGGUGAUAGCGGGGUUGGGAAGACGUCAUUGAUGAACCAGUAUGUAAAUCGCAAGUUUAGCAAUCAAUACAAGGCCACCAUUGGAGCUGAUUUCUUGACAAAAGAGGUUCAGUUUGAAGACAGGCUGUACACUCUGCAGAUAUGGGAUACAGCGGGACAGGAAAGGUUUCAAAGCCUAGGUGUUGCAUUCUAUCGAGGAGCAGAUUGUUGUGUUCUAGUUUAUGAUGUAAAUGUCAUGAAAUCUUUUGAGAAUCUUAACAACUGGAGGGAAGAAUUUCUCAUUCAGGCUAGUCCUUCUGACCCUGAUAACUUCCCAUUUGUUGUUUUGGGGAAUAAGGUAGAUGUUGAUGGUGGCAAUAGUCGGGUGGUUUCUGAGAAGAAAGCCAAGGCUUGGUGUGCCUCUAAGGGAAACAUUCCUUACUUUGAAACCUCUGCCAAGGAUGGAUUCAAUGUGGACGCGGCUUUCCAAUGUAUAGCAAAAAACGCUCUAAAGAAUGAACCUGAAGAAGAAAUAUAUCUCCCCGAUACCAUUGAUGUUGCGGGUGGGCAUCAACAAAGAUCAACAGGAUGCGAGUGCUAAAGUUCUCUUAAUUUACUGUCUGUUUACACUCAUCUGAAUGUAGUUAAUUUAAUUUGAUUUCAUGAUGCUAAUUAAUGGAUGCAACCUCUAUUUAGAGCGUGUACGGUGUGUGCAGUUUUAAGAGUUAUUGUUCAUCUCCAAGUGUAAUUGAGGUGAUUUAUCAUUCUUGUGAUUAUGAUGGUGACGUUUUUUUUUGUUUCUAAGCACUGUUGAAUUAAGAUGGUGGCUUUUUUUAGUUUUCUUCGGGAACACUUUACCAAUUUAUUAAGGGAAGGGGAAACUACAUGGUAGGUGGACGAGAGCAAUUUUGUUCACCUCCCCAUUUGGAGGGUGAACAUAACCCUCAAAUAUUAUAAUAUUAAAAGUACAUCACAUUGUACUCUUCUCCCACUAUGCCCAUAUUCUUCCAUAUAUAUACGGAGUAUGUAGUUUUCUUUUAGAAAUGAUAUUUAGGAUGUGGGGUCACUUUAAUUUGUAGACAUACCUUUUAAUUUGCUUAUCUGUAUUUGUUAAAUCAUACGCAUUACUAUUUCUCCACUGCCCCAUCUCCGCUUCAGUUUCAGACCUCCAUAUUGGGUGUGCUACGAUCGUUAUUUCCUAAACCGUUGGUAGAGAAGAUUGCAGACACCUGCAGACGUAUAUAAGGUAUUUUUCAUUACUUCUAUUAUACUCCGUAGUUAAAGAUGCUUUUAGCCCCUUUAGUAUUUCAAUACUCCGUAUUUGAUUUUGCACUUGCAUUUUUUUUAAACUCAUACGAUAGUAUGGUACCACCGAUUUCUAUUCUUAAAAAUUAAAUAUCUUUUAACCAUUUAUCUAUCCAAGUUGGUGAUUUGAUUACGUUUAUUUUUGUUCUUGAAAUAUUACAUACUCCAUACUAGAGAUAUCAAAAAUUGAACUUUAUUCAUAUUAUACAGAUUUUUAAUUUUCUAUCAUACGGCUUUUUCUAUUCAGUAGAUUUUGAGUGUUUAAUUUUUAUCAGAUUUUUAAUUUCCUGUCAUUCGACUUUUUCUAUUCAGUAGAUUUUGAGUGUUUAAUUUUUACUAAUUAUUUUUAGAUUUGUAGUCUUGAUCAGUUGUCAUGAGUGUCCCAGACUUGAAUUUUUGUGUGGGUGAAGAGACUCCUAUUGUUAAUGAAGAGUACAGGGGUUCAAAUAAUCAGCUUCUGGAAGAAGGAAAUAUUGAAAUAGAACCUGAAAUUGGGAUGGAGUUUGAGAGUGCAGAAAACGCUUUUACAACUCAUAUGCAAGGAAGAUUGGUUUUAGUGUGCGUAUUUUCCGAACUAACAAAAACAGAGUUGAUAGUACACUAAUUCAACGUCAAGUUUUAGUGUGCUCAUGUGAGGGAUUUUACAAGAAAAUCAAGACACCUCAGAAGAAACGAGACGAGACACGUUGUGAUUGCAAAGCAUCCUUUACAUUUAAACGUCUUCCAAAUGAGAAGUAUCAAGUGAUUGGUUUUGAAUCAGUACAUUCUCACGACCUUGCCCCAUUUGAACAUUCUGGUUACUUGAGGUCUCAACGGAAAAUUGAAUUUACGCAAGCUGAAAUGAUGACCACAAUGCAUGCAUCCGGCUUGAAGCAAGGACAGAUUUUCUCAUAUGUGUGAAGAAGCCGGUGGAACUCAUAACCUUAAUUUUACAAGAUCAUAUUGCAAUAACUUCCUUCAAAGAAAGCGAUCUGAGUUUUUCAAGAAAGGUGAUGCAGAAUGUCUUCUAGAAUACUUCAAGCAGAAGAAAAAUGAGAACAAGCAUUUCUUCUAUUCAUUUAGGUCACAUGAAGAUGGUGAAAUAUGUGGAGUAUAUUUUUGUGAUGCAAAAUCUAGACGGGAUUAUGGGUUGUUCGGUGAUGUUAUAUGUUUUGAUACGACUUUUCGGACAAAUAAGUAUGACAUGUUGUGCGCACCAAUUGUAGGCAUAAACCAUCAUGGACAAACAUCAUUGUUUGGUUGUGGCCUACUAGAUGGUCAAACAUAUGAUGCAAUUACUUGGUUGUUCACUGCCUUUUUCGAGGCAAUGGGAGGAAAGAAACCAAAGAGCAUAUUCACUGAUCAGUCCGCUGCUAUAUCUGCGGUAGUUGAUGAGCUAUUACCUCAAUCCCAUCAUGGGUUGUGUUUGUGGCAUUUAUGUCAAAAUGCGGCAAAACAUUUGAGUUGUAACGGAUACAAAACAUUUUCACAACAAUUCAAAUCAUGCUAAAUGGG